UUUCUACUUCUUUCAUUUUCAAUAUCAUGCCUAAUUAAUUUCAUUUUUUUAACAGGAUUCGUUACUCGAAAAGCAGCAAAAUGGUGAAUUCAAGCCGGAUGGAACUAAGGAUGUGCUCACCACUGUAUUGGAAACUCCCGAGCAUGCGGGAAGGGUUCGUGGGGUUGGAAACUUCAUACCUCCAACUGUGUACUUCGACUUGCCGAAAAAGUCGAGGAAUCACAUUACCAAAGAGCAAUUUCAUAAUCUUGAGUUGCAAAUUGCUGAGUUGAAAGCUUUGAUUGUUGGGGGCAAUUAUCAAAAUUCACCAAUUCAUCAAAAUUCCGAGAAAGCAAGUUGUCCAGGGGCGGUGAAAGAACAAGAACAAGAACAAAAGACCAGAAAGCAACCUGUUGCAAAAAAACUGAUGGCAGAUGAAUUGAUGACCGAUGAGGAUAAAGAGGGUGCUGAUUUGGUUAUUAUUCCUCCUCCUGGUCCUCCGGAACAAAAGGGUCCUCGCAAAUAUGAACUGGCAGUGGACAACAUCGAUAAUAAGGUAGCUUUUGGUGUUGUUUUUGAUGAGGAAGAUGGAUUGAGUACAUCGGUUCAUGGAGUGCCUCUACAACCAGGAUUUGUUCGUGUUAGUGUGGACGGAAGCAUUCAGGACGAUGCUUUGGUGCCUGUUCCUGUAAUUGGUGAGAUAGAAACCGUCCACCAAGCCAUCGGUUCUCAUUUAGCAUGGCCCAAAGACAUGAUCAGCUACAUCUCCAGUACUGGAUCGGAGAGAAUUAAAAAGGUGCGGAAGAUGACUGAGGUCGAGAGAGUGCAUAAAGCAUUUAAUUCUGUGAAGCCAAAGGACAGUGUGCCUCCUCGUUUUAGGGUGUUGUACAAAUUUGCAUCGACAGUCAUGAAGGAAAGUGGAAACUCAAUACCGGUUCCAUGUGAUUUUGAAAUUUUUGGAAUUGAACGAACGAUUUAUCUACUUGAAGAGAAUGUACUUGCAUUGCUAGAGUUUAGAAUGAUUGGACAGUCUGCUAUAUCAACAUACAUGGCGUAA